AUGGCGGCGGCGCGCGGGCGGCGCGUGGCGCUGGUGACGUCGGGCGGGACGCAGGUGCCGCUGGAGGCGCGCGCCGUCCGCUUCCUGGAGAACUUCAGCAGCGGGAGGCGCGGGGCCGCCUCGGCCGAGCGGCUGGUGGCCGCCGGCUACGGCGUCUGCUUCCUGCACCGGGCCCGCUCCGCCUUCCCCUGGGCCAGGGUCCUCCCGCCGCCCGGGCCCGCCCUGCUCGACGCCCUCCGCCUCACCCCUGGGCCGCCGCCCGGCGUGGCCGCCGACCCCGCCGCUCUCCCCGCCCUCCUGCCCGCCCUCCGCGACUACCGCCGGGCGACCGAGGACGGGGCGCUGCUGGCCAUCGAGUUCACCGGGCUGGCCGAGUAUCUGGCGCUGCUGAAGGCCGCCGCCCGCGCCCUGGCGCCCUUCGGCUCCAGUGUCAUGUUUUACCUGGCAGCCGCCGUGUCGGAUUUCUACAUCCCCGCCUCCGAGAUGCCCGAGCACAAGAUCCAGUCCUCGGAGGGGCCCCUGCAGAUCACAAUGAAGAUGGUGCCAAAAAUGCUGUCUCCUCUCGUCAAAGAAUGGGCCCCAGAGGCAUUUGUUAUUUCCUUCAAACUGGAGACGGAUCCCUUGAUCUUAAUCGAUAAAUCACAGCAGGCGCUGGAGAAAUAUCGUCACCAGGUGGUGGUGGCCAAUAUCCUGGAGUCCCGGAGAACCUCUGUUAUUAUUGUAACCAAAGACUCGCAGACUCCGUUAUCUCUUUCUGACGAGGAAAUAGCGCGAGGCAUGGAAAUAGAGGAAAAGAUACAUGUGUCGGAGGUGACCAUUGGGCCCUGUGAGUGA